UGAAAAUCGGCACGAGAAAAGAAAAAACCAUCACAAUGAGUCAAUAUCAACCACUGUCUGGCAAAGUCGCUGUUGUCACCGGCUCCAGCCGUGGCAUCGGCGCAGCCAUCGCCCUCAAGCUUGCCUCUUUCGGGGCCGACGUCGUGAUCAACUACGUCGCUUCGGCGGCUCGCGCCGAGGCUGUUGCUGCCGAUGCGCGCAAGCUGGGCGUGAGAGCAGUCUGCAUCCAAGCCGAUGUUAGCAAGCGCGACCAGAUCGCCAGCCUGUUCCGGCAGGCUGCGGCCGAGCUGGGCCACAUCGAUAUCAUCAUGAGCAACUCGGGUAUCGAGCAUUUCGGGAACCUUGAAGACGUCAAGGAAGAGGAGAUCGACAGGGUCCUCGCCGUCAAUGUCAAGGCUCAAUUCUUCGUGGCCCAAGAGGCUCACAAGUACCUGAAGGAGGGUGGCCGUCUGAUCCUGAUCUCGUCCAUCUCUGCAGUUUGGGGUGUCCCGCGCCACGCACUUUACUCUGCUUCGAAGGCAGCCAUCACGGGCAUGAUCAAGUGUCUUGCUCAUGACUUCGCGUCCCGGAAGAUCACCGUCAAUUGCAUUGCGCCCGGCGGCAUCAAGUCAGACAUGUACACUGAGGCUGCCAAGGAUUACAUCCCCGGGGGCGAGAACCUGACCGCGGAAGAGAUCGAUGAGAAAGAUAUCGCCGGUGUGGUGGCCUUGUUGGCAUCUCCCGAGUCUCAGUGGAUGACUGGCCAAACUUUCCACGUGAAUGGAGGCGCGCACAUGUCUACAUCUUGA